AUGUUGCAACAAGCACUCAUCAUCAUAAUUAUCACUCGUUUUUAUCAGUGGAGGGUUGAAGCUAGUCAGCGUCUUUUAAACGAUAAAGAUAAGACAGCGUUAACUUCUCUUAGCUUCAACAAAUUGUCAAUUUUCAAAACAUCAGGAGAUGCCAAAUUCAGGCCCUCACCUCCUGAAAUUGGUCGUAGUUCAUUUAAACAAAAACUAGACCAUUUUAAUACUAAGAAUGGACAAACAUGGAGGCAGUAUUACAUGCACAGAAAAUCACCUUAUCAAAAUCCUGAUGGUCCUGUGUUUUUGAUGAUUGGCGGUGAAGAUCAAGCUGAUCGAGCCUGGUUAACCAACUACAAUUUACCAUAUUUGCAACUUGCAGAUCAAAUAAAUGCUAGCACGUAUAUGCUUGAGCAUAGAUUCUAUGGUGCUAGUCGUCCUACCAAAAAUACUUCUCUGCAAAACUUGAAAUAUUUAAAUGCGAAGCAAGCUAUUGAAGAUAUACAUCAUUUUGUCCAGGAGAUUAACCAACGUGAAGGACUGUCAAAUCCAAAAUGGAUUGCUUUCGGUGGCAGUUACUCAGGCAGUCUAGCAGCUUGGAUACGUCAAAAAUAUCCUCAAGAUAUUCGAGCAUCAGUAGCUAGUUCAGCUCCAUUACAAGCUAAACUUAAUUUUCAAGAAUUUGAAGAACAAAUCAAAAAAAUAAUAGAAAAAAAAGACGAGAAAUGUGUAGCAGUAAUUCAAAAAUUAUUCCAAAAAAUGCGCGAAAUGUCUGAGACAAAUGAGGGAAGAAAAGAUUUGGUGCGCAUAUUCCGACUAGACAAAUCAUUGAAUCAACCAUCGGUUUCGCAAAAAGAUAUCGCAAAUUUCUUUCUCGUUAUCACUAAUUAUAUCAGUUUCAUAAUAAUGCACAGUGGCAUUAAUGUGAAAGGUCAUCGAGAUUUGCUAACCCUUGACACAAUGUGCAAGAAAUUAACCAAUUCACCUCUAUUGGAAUCGAUACGAGGAUUAAUCAGUAUGGUAAUGAUUUCACAGGGCAAACUUCCGCAGUCUGCUCUCGAUAUUGGUUAUAAAAGUUUUGUAGAUUUCAUGCGAGAUGAACGAUGGAACACAGCUAGCUCUCAACCUCGAGCAUGGCUUUAUCAGAACUGUAAUGAAUUUGGGCAUUUUCGAACAAGUGAAAAGCCUGAUGGCCUUUUUGGUGGUACACUACCUCUCAAGUACGAUUUACAGACUUUUUGUAUAUAUAAGUAUAUAUAUAUAUUGAUCAUUUUAAAAUUUUCUUUGAUAUAUAUAUAUGAAUAAUC